AACCGACGAUGACUUGGCUAUUACGUCUUCAGGAUGCCAUGUUCACUUGGGUCAUGAAAUGAUCAUGCAAUGCCGCGCCUCCGCCCAGACUUGGAGCCCAGCGCAGGAUGCGCGCUUCGGACUAUCUUUACAUUUGAUGUCCAUGGCAAUCACGAAAACUGCGUGGGGCGCGUGUAGUUUCGAGCCUCUGGACAUAGCCUAACCGAAGACAUGGCUCUGAGAGUGGUUCGAUGCCGGAGCUCAUGGUCUGCGAAAUUUUUCAAUCCCCAACAUGGUAAGUGACAAUGAAAUUGGCGAUACCGAAUCUCGUGUCCCUGUUUCUGCACCCGCGGCGUGGUACACCUAUCAGAGCGGGUGUUGUUUCACAGCAUGACUGUCCAUCACUCCUUCGAAGCUUUGCUGGUGCAACCCUAUGGGACCGGAGUACACGGUGCCAGUGUGCUGGACAGCAAUGCCGUCUCGAUAUCUAUUCCUAUUGGACGCCGUUAUGCACACCACCCUGGGGGCCGGCCAACCAAGCACUACCCCAGGAUAUCUUACCGGUUUCCUGUAGGAUCUGCACACGCCCUGAACAACGCUCGUUUGCGGGGUCACAAUGCUCUCACAUGCAGAGAACCCGGCCUGUCGUCGCUAAGGCUACCAGCGGGCGGCAGAGAGCGCAACAGUGAAUAUCAAAACCUAGUCAUCCUGCACAGACUACACUCGAUCAGGAUCACGCGCCCGUUUGUGCUCUUGGAAUUAUAAAACCAAC